CCGCCGGCGGGGCCGGGCUCGACCAUUUCUGCGGGCGCGGGGACGAGGGGCCGAGCCCCGGGCAGCGGCUUCCCGAGCUUCAGCACCGCGGGCCGGACAGCGCCCGCCGGGCCGGGCGGCUCCCGCGGGCGGCGGUGCGUGGCAGGCCCCGGCGGGGCGGCGCGGCCGCACCAUGUUCCUGGGGCUGGCGGUCGCGCUGCAGGUGCUGGCGCUGCUGGCGAGCCGGGGGCACGGCUUCCCCAGACCCGCGGGCACAGAUAAAGCGAUACACAACAGACAAUUAAGUGUAGAAAGACCUUUGGAAGAACAGAUUGCUGAAGCUGAGGCAGACAAGAAUAGGAAAAUAGCUCCCACAGAAAAUAAGCCAGAGUUCAGGAAUUAUUCCUUUGUUGAUGACCUGAACCUGCUCAAAUCAGUAGCAGAAGGAGAAAGGAAUGAGAAGGAGAGGGAGUCAAUUAGAAGCUCUUUGUAUGAACAGCAAGUGGCCAUUGAUGAUGCAGACUCCACCAAGAACCGCAGGCUUGUGGAUGACUAUGACUCCACUAAAAGCGGGCUGGACUAUAAAUUCCAAGACGAUCCAGAUGGCCUCCAUCAAUUAGAUGGCACUCCUUUAACUGCUGAAGACAUUGUUCAAAAAAUUGCUGCAAGAAUUUAUGAGGAAAAUGACAGAGGAGUGUUUGACAAGAUUGUUUCAAAACUUCUAAAUCUGGGGCUAAUCACAGAGAGUCAGGCCUAUACCCUGGAAGAUGAAGUGGCAGAGGUUUUACAACAGCUAAUUGCAAAUGAUGCAAAGGAUCGUGAGAAGGAGUCUGAAGACUUUGAUUACCCUGCCAGCAGAGCAGAUAGUGAUACAAAAGAAAAGCAACAGGAAAGAAUGACACCAAGCAAAUCUGAUCAGGAUAGUUUCGUUAAUGGAGAAGUUGAUGAUACACUGGAUAACACGUGGUCAUCAUCUAAUGUGUUGGAAAGAAGAAAUGAGCUUCCUUCUGAAGAUAAUUUUGAAGACCUCCAAUAUUUUCCAAAUUUUUAUGCAUUAUUAAAGAGUCUUAACUCAGAAACAGAGACAAAAGAGAAAGAGACCUUGAUAACUAUCAUGAAAACCCUGAUUGAUUUUGUGAAGAUGAUGGUUAAAUAUGGAACAAUCACACCAGAAGAAGGAGUUUCCUAUCUUGAAAACUUAGAUACAAUGAUAGCUGAGCAGACAAAGAAGAAGCUUGAGAACCCUUCCACUAAAACCAGGACAAAACUAACAGCAGACAAGAGCAGUGAAGAAGCAGACAGUACAAAGGAAGAAGCAGCUAAAAUGGAAAAGGAAUAUGAAUUUUCAAAGGAUUCUACAAAAAAUGAAGGACAAAAUGCAGCAGGAAACAGUGAAGAAUCCAGAGGGAAAUCUGAGGCAUAUUUGGAAGCAAUCAGGAAGAACAUAGAAUGGCUGAAAAAACACAAUAAACAAGGUAACAAAGAAGACUAUGAUCUUUCAAAGCUGAGAGAUUUCAUUGAUCAGCAAGCUGAUGCUUAUGUGGACAAGGGCAUCCUGGACAAGGAAGAGGCUGAUGUAAUUAAACGCAUCUAUGGCAGCCUGUAAAACGUUAGUGACUGCCAAACCUGUAGAAAUCUAGUCUAGUUUCCCCCACUCCUGGCUCAAUGACUUAUGAUCUGUUAAUUUGAGGAUAUCAUUAGAAAUGCUCUGUUUACAUUGUACUGACAACUCUAGACAGAAAUUUAGAGCUGUAGUGCUCCAUUCACUUUCUGCAUACUGUAUUUUCCUACAUUCACAAAUCAAUCCUAAACACCAAAUUCUGACACUGAAUUUCUAUUUGAUAAGGUAAAUAUUUCUGUAAUGCUCUCUUUGAUUUAUUGUUCGUGUUUGGUUUACUUUUGUAGCUAAACCAAUCAUUUCUGAUGGAAAUUUCUUUUAAUGCUACAUUUUUUUUUGCUUUCACUCAACAAGCUUUCUAUAGAUGCAACUAUGUAAAGGGCAUUAUUAGAAAAUAGUUCAUAGUUCUUUAAAUAAAGUAUUUGAAAAUAAUUUACCUAUUAAAGUUUUCAUUAAUCUUAAUUUUAUUUUAUAUUCAUUUAUUUUCAUUUUAAAUACUAACACUUUUUUUAAAUCCUUUUUUAUUUCUAUAUAUAGUAUUCUGUAAUGUGGACUGUAGUAUCCUACAGCUAACUGAUAAAUCUUUGACAUUACAAUUGCCUUCCAUAUUAGAAUAUUCUCUUCUUCAGCAUGUGUGAACAUUCUCUUUGCACCAUUUGAUGAUUGUGCAUGCAUAAUUAGUUGAAUUCCUGAUGUGAAUAUCCUGAUAGCAAGUGUAAAUAACCAUUGCUUUCUCCAAAGAAAAAAAAAUAAGAAAGUAAUUCAAGUCAUUUUGUAUGGAAAGGGAAGUUUGCAACUAGUGAUGUUUUUUUAGGAUCAGUGGCCCUGCUUUUCAGAAAGACUUAAAGAAUCUAUUGUAUCUCACUAUCUCUGAAUAUCAAGGUUGUGGUCUGAUUACUGACCUCUGUUCUGUGCUGAGCAGUAUUAUCUUGGAGAACUUCUUCUUUUGGGGGGGUCUAUAUAUGCUAGCAUUAGCCAAGAAUUUGGUACUUCCCAAAGAAUCAAAAAGAAAAACAAAAAUGUUGUCCUUAUUCUUCUUCCUUAACUAACAAAGUUUUGGAAGAAUGGUUUAUGAGGUCUUUUACCUUAAAGUGAGUGGAUAACUUUAUGUAUGAAGAACUGACGAAGCAAGAUCAGAGGUAAAGAAGCAUUUAGAAAGGUAAAUUUCAAACAGAGUCCCAGAAGAUGUAAGGCCAUAGACUCAGUUGAUUAGAGGAACUCCAGGAAAGCCCUGUACUCUUUACUUACAGAUUCUUCAUUUGUAAUUGAGGUUAUCCCUUCCCUGUUUGUUUUUUUUUUUUUAAAUCUUAUGAUAUCUCUAAGAUUAAUACAGUUAAAAUGUUAUCUGAUGCAGAGGUUGGAAUUUGCCUGCCAGUGAAUGGAGAUAUUGACUUAGAGCACUGCCUGCACAGCACAAAGUUCUCUAAGUGUUAAGUCACUCCUUGGGUCAUUUCCUUCCUCACAGCUGGAGACUAAAGAGGAGGAGAUUUGAGCAAUGUUUCUCAGCCAAAUGAAGUAAACUGUGGAAUCCCUGCAAAACAUAAAUUGUCAACUGAGCAUUAUUGAUAACCAGUAUUAAGUGGAUGUGAUAGCACUGAGGUGGAACAGCAUAACUCCUUGCAAACUGAUGAAACAUAAGCCAGUGAAUGUUUUCUAGCAUCCACAAAAUACAUCAUCACUGCCAGCUCUUACACAUCCUGAUGUGAAUCACUGAAUUGCACUACCAGUCACUAAUGGUAAAAACUGUAUUCAAAAAUGUAAUCAAUGUAAGCUUCCUCUGACAAAUAGUCCCUUAGAAACUCUAUAGAAAAAAAACUAGGGAAAAAAAUUAAUGUUAUUUUAAGUCAGUGCAUUUGUUCUCAUCAAAACCCUCUUGUUUGUUUAUUAUUAUUUGCUACUGUUCCCAAAUAUCCAAAUUUCUUUAUGCCUCUAUAGAUCUCAGUUGCAUUCUGCAACAGCUUCUGACUUCCUUUCUUAUGUGACCAUCACAUGGGAAAAGCAAACUGUUUCCCAAAUUUGGAUUUAUGACAGAAAUCAGGAAGAUGGUAACUAACCAUAGACCUCUACAGAGAGGGAAGUGGCAGUGACCUAGGACCUGCACUUGAAAAAACAAAAAAGGACAAACUGUGCUUCUCCAAUGACUACUUGUAAAAAGACUUCAAAUUUCCUUCUCCUGUCAGUAUGAUAAGUAGUAUAAGAAUAACUGCAAUUUUCACUGGAAGUUAGUUUCUUCCUUCGUCCUCUCACGAGUCUGGUACUAAAGGGCAGAUGUCAUCAACUAGUGACCAGUGAUCAUGAACAGUGUGUGGUGAUAUUUUGCAAAUUUUAAAGCUUGAGCAAAGUAUUAGUGACAUAACUUAGGAAAACAAAAACCCAACAAUGAGUAUGCCCUGAUUGUAUUUCAGAGUAUGCACAUUCUUGGAGUUGUUCUGUACUUACCCUGCUGCUGUGCAUCCCUGGGGGUACGCAUGGAGAUAAUUGGAGCAGCCUGAUGAGUAGCUGAGAACAGAGCAAGCCUCUGACAGGUAGACCAGAAAUCACAGCUAUGGUUCCUCAAACUAAAUUCACUUUCCAUCCUGCCCAAGCCCACUAAACUUGUUACUUGAAUGCUUCAAAUACUGGUUCCAUUGCUGGUACAUGGAAUGAACAUCUAUCUGUACAUCACACCCUUCAGAACCAGACAGUGAAACACAGCCAGCCUGAUGAAUCACCCUGCAUUCCUAAAGGACUGUGACUUACUCGAAAUAAAAUCAAACCAAGUGAUGUAAGUUUCAACCUGCAUCACAGAUCAGUACUUAUUUUGCAGGGAACACUUGGAGCACAUUAGGACUUGACAUGUGCUGCUAUGUGUUUAGCCAUAAUUAGUAAAUCACAGUGCUUGCUUUCUUCCAGGCAAGAAAGGUAUUUUCAACAACUGCACAUCUCUGUUUCAAAGCAGACAAAAAUCAGUUUCUGUGUUGUUUCUAUCUCUGCUGGAUCCUUCAGAAAUCCUUCACUUCUAAAUUGCGACUGAAAAUGUAAUAAGUACAAUAUAUAUGGUAUUCACCUUUUGAGCUUUUCUAAUAGACUAUUGUUUCUGAUACUGUACUUUAUUAAACACUUUACUACAAGCUA